AAUUUUUUCAAAAUUAACUAUAUCAAAUCAAAAAAUUCAAUCAAAACCAACAAAAUUUGUAUCAUUAUUCUCGUUCACAUGCUUCUAAUCUCUGGGUAAGGUAAUUAGGUAAGGAAACAGAAAUAAAUUAGGAGGAGAGCCUAGGGCAUCAAUUUGCAAAUACUAUAAAGAGGACUACUCUGGAGGAAUAUUGUUCACUAGGUCAUCAUCUAUCCUAUUCCUACACACACAAUUCCAAUUCCAGAUCUCGCGAGAAAAAAAAAAAAAAUGGAGAAAAAUAUUGCUGGAAGCGUGUCGGAGCAGCGGGAGUUGAAGGUAUCAGCAAGCGAAGCGUGGAAGUUGUUCGGCGGCCUGGAAUUUGCUGACAUCGUCCAGCAGGCGCUCUCAGAUCUGAUCACCAAGAUUGUUGUCUUGGAAGGCGACGGCGGUGUAGGGACCAUCCUCCAAGUCUUCUACGCUCCAGGUGGACCGGCCACAAGUAAGGAGAAGUUGACAGUGGUGGACAAUGGGAAACGAGUGAAGGUGGCAGAGCUGUUUGAGGGCGGCUAUCUCGACUUUGGUUUCAGCACUUUUCUUUAUCGGUGGGAAGUGAUUGAAAAGGAAGGUUCUGAAAACGAGUGCAUCGGCAAAGGUACUAUAGAGUAUGUGGCCAAAGAUGAGAAUGCUGCUGCUAUGGUUUCUUCAGAGGCUCUGGUUACCAUUUUGAAUACUGCAGCUAAAAACUUGCUCGCGAAAUGAAAUCAAAUGAAAUGAGCGUGCGUGUCUGUGCUUUUCUUCUACUUUCUCUAGUUUACUCUAUGUAAUCUGCGUAGCCAUGGUUGACGAGCUAUUCGUUUCAAACCAAUUAAUUUAAUAAAUAAGCUACAGGAGUGAGUAUGUAUGUAGACUGCCAUAGUUUAAUAAAUAAGCUUCAUGAGUGAGUAUGUAUGUAGACUGUCACCCUGUUUCUUUAGUUCAAUAAAGUGCAUAUGGAUUCGGUUUCGCUUCUGAAAGUUAGGAAUAUAUUUUGGUAUAACAAGAUAAACUCCCCACCCAAUAAUGUUUGAUACUCUCUUAUUUUUAUUAUUUAUGAGAAACAAUACGC